AUGGUCGACCGACCAGCCAGCAGUGCGGACGAAAAGUCCACCAUCGUCGCGGAGGGUUCAUGGCGCCUUUUCUCUCGCAAAAGGACCCACAAACAUCAGGGCGAGAAAGUCGGUCAAGAAAAUGGCGAUGCAUCUACGGAAGUCAAGCCUAUUCAACAAGAAGUCCCGCCAGUCUCGUUUUCGGAGCUCUUUCGGUACUCCACCAAGUUUGAACUCUUCCUUGAUUUUGUUGGGCUCAUAGCGGCGGCGGCUGCAGGUGCAGCUCUACCUCUAAUGUCCCUAAUGUUUGCUGACCUCACCCAGGAAUUUGUCAAUUUCUCGCAGGCGGUCUCGUCAGCUAAGACUGGGGAUCGAGAUGCUAUCGCCAACAUCCCCCAAGCUGCAGCGGAAUUCCGACGUACAUCCAGUCAGACGGCUAGCUACCUAGUCUACCUCGGCAUUGGCAUGUUUGCCUGCACGUUCGUCUACAUGUACACCUGGGUCUACACGGCAGAGGUCAACGCAAAGCGCAUACGUGAAAAUUAUCUCAGAGCAGUCCUUCGCCAGGACAUCGCGUUCUUCGACAACGUUGGCGCUGGUGAAGUGGCUACCCGAAUCCAGAUGGACACCCAUCUGGUGCAACAAGGCAUGUCGGAGAAGGUUGCCCUCGUCAUCAACUUCCUCAGCGCAUUUAUUUCUAGCUUCGUCCUCGCCUUCGUGAAAUCAUGGCGCUUGACGCUCGCGAUGUCUGCAAUCAUCCCGUGCAUCGCUCUCACAGGUGCAGCCAUGGACUACUUCAUGGCGAUAUACAUGCAGUACGCCUUCGAAAUCCCUGAAGCACAAGGCGGGAGUCUCGCUGAGGAAGUCAUUUCGACCAUUCGAACUGCCCAGGCGUUUGGGAUCCAGAAGACCUUGUCGAAGUUGUAUGAUGGCCACAUCGAUAAGGCACUCCGAGUUGGUCUGAAGUCGUCUCUGUGGGAGGGAGGAGGGCUUGCCCUCUUCUUCUUUGUGGAUUAUUCCGCCUACGCUCUUUCUUUUGCUUUUGGUACGACACUUAUCAAUGCAGGAAAUGCCGACGCUGGGACUAUCGUCGCCGUUGUGUUGGCGGUUUUAAUUGGUUCAUUCUCCCUUUCCCUCCUCGCGCCUGAGAUGCAAGCUAUAACCCAUGGCCGUGGCGCUGCUGCCAAACUUUACGACACCAUCGAUCGCAUUCCUGGCAUAGACUCCGCCAAUCCCGACGGCUUGAAGCCAACGAAGGUCGAAGGUGAAAUCACUAUCGAAGGCGUCAAGUUCGCGUACCCUUCUCGCCCGACCAUUCAAGUCGUGAAAGGCAUAGAUAUCACCUUCUCGGCUGGCAAGACGGCUGCGCUCGUCGGUGCUUCGGGCUCCGGAAAGUCGACCCUCAUAUCUCUAGUCGAGCGCUUCUACGAUCCUACUGAAGGCGUCGUCAAAUUCGACGGCAUCAACAUCAAGGAUCUCAACCUCAAAUGGCUGCGCUCGCAAAUUGGUCUCGUCUCGCAGGAGCCCGUCCUCUUCGCCACCACGAUCAGAGGCAACGUUGCGCACGGUUUGAUCGGCACACAAUGGGAGAACGCCCCCCAGGAGGAGAAAGACAAGCUGAUCAAGGCGGCUUGCCUGAAGGCAAAUGCGGAUGGUUUCAUCACCAAACUGCCCCUUGGGUACGAUACGAUGGUCGGCGAGCGCGGGUUCUUGCUCUCUGGCGGCCAGAAGCAGCGUGUGGCUAUUGCCCGUGCUAUUGUUUCGGACCCACGAAUCUUGCUUCUGGACGAAGCGACGAGCGCUCUCGACACGCAAUCUGAGGGUAUUGUUCAAGAUGCUUUGGACAAGGCUGCUGCUGGGUGCACCACCAUUACUAUCGCGCAUCGACUCUCGACCGUCAAGGACGCCGAUGUCAUCUACGUCAUGGGCGAUGCCGCCCAGAAGCUCCGCGACCACACUGAUUCGCAUCUCGACUUCGACAGCUCUGGGUCAGAAGCUUCAGAGGAUAUCGAGAAAGCCGCUCGCGAAGAAGUUCCCCUUGGCCGCAAGAACACUCGGCAAUCGCUUGCGAGCGAGAUCUUGGCUCAGCGGCGCGAUCCUGCUGUAGGCAGCGGAGAGUCGUAUAGCCUGUUCUACUUGUUCCGGCGUAUGGGCGGUCUUAUGCACGACCAGUGGAAAAACUAUCUCUUUGCCUCGAUCUUCUCUUGCAGUUCGUCGUCUUUGCUUGUCUUCAACUUGAUGUAUACUAACGAUAGGCCGGUUAUUCGAAUAGUGAGUGGAAUGGUUUAUCCCGCCUUCGGCGUCGUAUUUGCGAAGGGCAUUGAAGGCUUUUCUGCCCUCGAAGCUUCUGAACGUCGCCACCAGGGUGACAGAAAUGCAUUGUGGCUCUUCAUCAUUGCCAUUAUUUCCGCGAUCGCGAUUGGAUUCCAAAAUCUUUUGUUCUCGGCUACUGCGACGCGGUUGAGGUCUUUGAGCUUCAAGGCUAUCUUGAGGCAAGAUAUCGAGUUCUUCGAUAAAGACAAGAAUAGCACUGGUUCUUUGACUUCUCAGCUUGGUGACAACCCCCAGAAGGUCAACGGUCUCGCUGGUAUAACCCUCGGUGCUAUCGUACAGUCUGUUGCGACCCUUAUUGGCGGUUCUAUACUCGGCCUUAUUUUUGUCUGGAAAGUGGGUCUCGUUGGUAUCGCCUGCACUCCGCUUCUUGUCUCGGCUGGUUACAUUCGUCUCCGUGUAGUCGUUCUCAAAGACGAAGCAAACAAGAAAGCGCACGAAGAAUCUGCCCAGAUGGCUUGCGAGGCUGCUGGCUCCAUCCGCACUGUAGCUUCGCUCAUUAGGGAGGACGAGUGUGUGAGGCUAUACAGCGAGAGUUUAGAAGAACCCCUGCGCAAGUCAAAGAAGACCGCUCUCUGGAGCAACCUACUCUACUCUUUCUCGCAAGCUGCAGGCUUCUUCGUCAUAUCUUUGAUCUUCUGGUACGGCUCGAUCCUUGUGUCCAAACAAGAGGUAUCAUCGUUUCAAUUCUUUGUCGGUCUAAUGGGCACUACAUUUGGCGCCAUUCAAGUUGGCAAUGUGUUCUCAUUCGUUCCUGAUGUCUCCUCUGCAAAGAGUGCAGGUUCGGAGAUAAUAAAGCUGCUCGACUCGAUGCCGGAAAUUGAUGCAGAUUCAACGGAAGGCAAGGCAAUCGAGAGGAAGGCUGUCAAAGGACAUAUCAAGUUUGAGAAAAUCCAUUUCAGGUACCCUACGAGACCAGGUGUCCGUGUGCUGCGCAAUCUUUCGUUUGAGGUAGAACCAGGUACUUAUGUUGCUUUGGUCGGUGCCAGUGGGUCUGGUAAGAGCACAUCCAUCCAACUGAUUGAGCGCUUCUACGACCCGCUGGUUGGAGAGGUCUACCUCGACGGCGAACGUAUUACGGAACUAAACUUGAAAGAGUAUCGCAAACAGCUGGCAUUGGUAUCUCAGGAACCUACGCUGUAUUCUGGGACAGUUCGGUUCAAUAUCUUGUUGGGCGCUAUUAAACCAGAGUCCGCGGUCACGCAAGAAGAAAUCGAAGAUGCUUGCCGCAAUGCCAAUAUCCUCGACUUCAUUCAAGGAUUGCCUCAAGGGUUCGAUACCGAGAUUGGAGGCAAGAGCUCACAAUUAUCGGGUGGUCAGAAACAACGCAUUGCCAUUGCUCGUGCUCUUCUUAGAAACCCUAAGAUCCUCCUACUCGACGAGGCCACGUCUGCUCUUGACUCCAACUCCGAGAGGGUCGUGCAAGCCGCACUUGAUCAAGCGGCUAGAGGCAGGACGACCAUUGCCAUUGCCCAUCGGCUGUCAACAAUCCAAAAUGCGGAUCGAAUCUACUUCAUCAAAGAUGGAUGCGUCAGUGAAUUCGGAACCCACGACCAACUACUAGCCAAACGCGGCGAUUAUUAUGAUUAUGUUCAACUUCAAGGGCUGAGCAAGAACGAGUGA